AUGUAUGAAAAUACACAAGAGAACGGUGCCGCGCCUCACAUCAUGGGUCAAGAACAGUCAUAUCCGGGACACACUAGUGUUUCGCACGCAUCCCGCUACAAGGACAGGUACGGGCCCGCCCAGUACACCAGUGGACCUCUCUAUCAUCCUGGCGACUACGACAACGACUACAAACGACACAAGCCCAGGCGCAGCGCCGAGAGCUUCAAAAGCGACAACUCCUCCACAGAAAGCAGUGGCUACCGAAGCGGCUCUAGCACUUACGAGAGCCACUCCAACAGAUCGUCUAAAAACGAUUACUACUGCACAUCUUUAUACAAAAACGAUCACUACAAAGACGUCAACAAAGAAAUUUACAGACCUGUGAAAAUAAAAGAGAAAAAGCAUUUGCAACUGCUCUCUAUCGAAAAGGAUGAACUUAAAAGUGCACGUUUAAAAAGUUACCUAGCCGAAGCCGAGAAGGCCAAAUACACAUCGCAGACGCAAAAGAAGGCAGGGAUAAGGAAUUACACUCCGAAGAUUUUGUCUGAGGAGGAGCAGAAGAAGAAGGUCGAUAGCUGGAUAUAA